AUGAGUGUUGGGAUCAGCCAGGUGAAUUUCGAUGCUCAGGUAUGCAUUUGCAGUUUGACAGGUUGAAGUCAGAGUUGUGCUUGAAAUCAACUUUGGCUGAGUCAAUUUAUCUCGAGACACAAUGCACCGAAAUACUGCUUGCUUUCGCUCUGCACAUACCGCUUUUAGAAGCUAUGAUUUGAAUCACUCGUCAUCUCAGCAAAAUAUUUCUGGUUUAGCCAUCGAUAAUUUUGUUCCUUGCGGCUCUUCUACAAUUCAUUUGGAUCAAAUUUCACCUAUAAUUUUCGUGUUGUGUGUUUGAACCGACUCAAUUUUUGUUGACCCUAAUUAUAUUGACAAUACACAAGAUUCUUUCUUCGUUCACUUGUAAAAGUGAUACCUUAGUCAAUUAUUUUGGGUAAGGCAAGGGGUCUAGAUCUAGCAAACAAUGACAAAGAUCUGGAUGUUUAUUGCCAUUUCACACAAGAAGUUACUUUAGCGAAUCUUUAGUGGGAUAUAGGAGCGCGUUGAUUCUUUGUGUUUUCGUGUGUCAAUGUUUGCUGAUCACAUCUGCCAUGCAUGCCAAUUUUCCCAUUUCGUUGAGACUGUGUUUUCGUCAAAAAGGUCUAUUAGCAUCCAAAAUGACCGUCGAAAUACACGGAAUCUAGCAAAAUUAAAAAUAUCAAACAAACCUCAGUUAAUUAAGAAUAGGAAGCUUGCGGUUUAAUUGAAUAUACAUGAACUUAUUAACAUCUCUCAGAUCCAGGUAUUGUGUAAAGCUUAUUAAAAGUGGAAAUGUUGGCAAAAAAUUUAUCAAGACAUCAAGAAUGUUUUUUCUCCUGUAUGAGCCUGAAUCAGGCAAAAUGGCAAUUCUUUAAAAUACCUUUACCCCCUGCCUUCAUUUUAAAAAGGUAGUUGAUGUCAUAUCCUAAAUUUCCCAUGGACAUCCUGUCUUGAUGAAGAUUUUUUUUGUAAUCACCACAAUCAAACAGGAACACAUAGAUUUUUUGAAGUACCCUGCCAAAUAUACAUUGAUAGAUAUGUGACAAUAUGAAUUAGAUUAAAUUUCUGAAAGAAAGUUUCUUGAACUCAGCCAAACCUGGCAAUGUAUAUGUCUGCAUGCAUUUUUUUUUCCAGACAAACCAUCUGGUCACUUUUUUUUGAUGUUGUUGGUUUGUUUUUUUUUUCACACUGUGCAGUUUCCAUUUGAAACUGUGAAAUUAACACCCUUGAGUCUUGUCACUUUAGGGCAUUUCUUGAUAUGAGUUUUAAUCUUACUCAAAAUGGAAAUAACAAAGCAAAAGCACUCAAGGGUUUCCCAUAAGUUCCUUGCUGUUAACAAUAUGACACAUUAAAGUGGACAUGCAAAAAAGCAAUUUUAAAAAACCCUACUUUAAAAUUCCAUUUUCCAUGACUCAGAGUUUUUUACAUAAUUAUAAAUUCAUGUGUUUAAAUUAAGCAUAAAAAAAUGAGUAGCCCUCUAAGGGUUAAAGCUGACAGGCAGUAAGAUCAAAAAAUUUCAGAGAUAUGUUUAGAUAUAGUUCAUAUCAUCAGGCAAAAAAGGUUUCUUGACCAUUUAUUAACUUAUCAUCCACACCGAUUUGUGAUUAAGAUGCAAAAAGAGAAAGAUUAGGAACUCAUUGUCGGUGCCUUUUUUUGUAUGGCAGGUGUUGGAAGAUGAGGAAGAAGCAGCAUUGGAGAAAGAAGAUCAAGAGAGAGAGCAAGAGGUACAAUGAAUUUAACCAACUUUAUAAAAAGAGAUCAUGUUAUUGAUGUUGUUUUAUAAUUUUCAUAGGAUUUCAUUUUUUUUGUACUUUCUUGGUGACAGAAAGAGUAUGAGAUUUAUGCUAAAGGCAAAAAAAGAUAUGAAGAUGAUAAUGAUCUUGGCAUUAAUGAACACUGCUUAAGCAGAAGUGAAAAUAAGGCAUGGAAAAAAAUUCAGACCUGUAUAGGAGUUGAACCCAUGACUUAUGCAGUACCAAUCACUCUCAUCUUCAUUUGUUUAUCCACAGUUAAAGAUAUGAUGUUUAUAAAUUCACAGCCUUUGUAUUAAAAUGUCAGUAAUAGGAUUACAUGCAGUCUUAUUUUGAAAUAAUUGAAUGAAAAAAUUCUGACAACAGCCAAAAUUUCUUUUGGAAUAUAGUUAGAAAAAAUAACUAUUAAGCAUGAUUUUUUUUGUACUGAAAGAUCAUAAGGAAGGAUAAAUGCUUUUUUUGUAUGGUCUAGUUCCUUAUAUAAUUAAACAUUCUGUACACUCUUAGAUUUGGGUAAGUAAACAUCCAUACAUUCCAUACUUGGAACUGCUUAAUUUAGUGUAAGUAGUUUUGUUUCUAUUCAUGUAUUUUUGCAUUUUAUUAUGUUAUAUUGCUAGCUUACUGUUCAAUGCCAGGUUUUGUUUAUCCUGUGUGGAAAGAGAUUAGGUUAUUAAGACCUACAGUAAAGUUCAAAAAGUAAACUUUGUCUUUAUUCUACGUCAAAGUUUAGCUAGUGUCUGAUACAGUAUGCUGCGUUUAUUUUUCUUCCUAUAAAGAUUCGAGAGUUGUUAGACCGUGAACUGGACGAUGGACUUCUUGAUGAUGAUAAUGCAUCGUUUUCAUCACACGAUCUUCGAAGUUCAGGAUAUAGUAGAGAAACUCCAUUCUCAGAUGAUUUUUCUGAACAAGUACCUCCAGCUAUCUUUAAUGGACAAGAUUCAAAGACAAUAAUACCAUCUGAAAAUGGGGCAUUUGAAAGACCACCUCUGAUGACACAGCGUGCAUUUCAUCUAAUCAAUGAAUCAGGAAAAAGGAAGGAGUUAAAUGCAAAUGAAGCACAAGAACCUUAUAAUUAUGACAAUGGGUAUCAAUUUGAGAAUCAGUAUGAAAAUCAAGCAUUUUAUUAUAGAGAGCAGGAAAGUCCUGAUGAUGAAGGCCAUGAUCAGUACAACAGAAAAUAUAAUGGACAUGAAAAUGGUGUGAAUUACCAUCAAACUUUGCCGAAUGAUGUUGAUGUGGAUGCUGAUGAAGGCUUUGAACAGUAUGGAAGCUACAGUCCUCAUCAACAUUUACAAGGACAAGCCUCUCCACAACAUGGUAUGUAUGGCUAUCACUCUACACAGCCAAAGUAUCCUCACUCAACAUUAACAGAAGACAACAGUAACCAUGGUGGUUAUAACUUGAAUGAAGAUUAUGGAGGUUACAAUGAGGAACAGGCAUAUUCACAAGCUCCUGUACAAAAUAUUUAUGCCCAUGAUGCAGACAGUAUACAGUAUUCAAAUGAACAAAAUCAUUACAGAAUGGACACUCCUGGAAAUUACAGAGUUCAUUAUCAUGGACAUCAUGAGAGAUAUCCCCAUGCAAGUGACAGGAGAACUAUGAGAGAAGAACAAGGAAGAAGUGACAGUGAAAAUGGAUUUUCAGGAGAUGGUGCUCAGGACACUACACAGCUUCAGAUACUUUACAAAGCACGAGGCAGAAAAAUUGAAGAGUUGACCCAGAAACUCCAAAACCAGGAAGAGGAGAUGGCAAAAGAGAUCCGUAUUUUAAAACACCAGAUUGCAAUGAUGAAAGGUUUGUAGAAGUAAUGAAAUUUAUAGUAAAAACCAAAGCUUAAUUAAUCACCUCACCAAUCAGAGAAAAGGUGCUUGUAAACAUCUCGAAGAGAGAGAGGAAAUUGAAAACAAAAGGGUUAAUUGACCCUCAUGAGAACUUUGUUCAUACACUGCUUCAUGCAUUUUGCUGUUUUUUUCAUAAUUUAUAUCUCUCCAGAUGAGCGUGACGGCAUUUCAACAAGUCUUGAAAACUCACAGAAAAUGGUGCAAGCAUGUAAUACAGAAUUGAACAACCUGAAAGGCCAACUUGCUGCUGCUUAUCAGCAGAUUAAUGCUCUGAAAGAAAGUAAAGAGGAGGUAAUUGAAAAAUAGAUUGAAUUGAUUCAUUGGAAUUAUAAUUAUAAUAGACAGAUGUCACUCAAACUUUCUCUUGUCACUCCAAGGAAAAAGUUUAAUCCAUGAGUUAUAUAAACUCUGAAGAAAAUUGACAUAAGAAUUUUAUUCCUAUUCAAUUUUUGUGUAUUAGUGUAAGCAAAAUAGGAGUAUUAUUUACCACCAAGAUGGUGAUCUCUCUUAUUCUAGGUAACCCCUUUUUUUUAUCAUAUUUCCUUUGAAGAUUUAAAUGUUGCAGCCAAGAACACAUCACCAUGACCCUGGCCAGAACUUGAACUCUGACCUCUGACCUUGUGUCAUACCAGAGUUCAUGGUUCUGACCAGUAGGUUACCACAUUUUCUAUUCCCUCUUGAUUGAUAGUUUUUUCAAUAUUUUCAGGUGGUCAGCAAACUUCAUGUCAGUGAAACCACAAUUGACAGCUUGAACCAGCAGUUGGUUGAAUUAAGUCGUUCAGAAUCCUUGACUAGAGCAAAAGAACAGCAUGAAAGUGUCACAAAUGCCAUGAAGAAAAAACAUGACGAGCAAACCCUGACACUAAAACAGAAACUGGAUGAGGCUAUUUUAUCAAGGGACUGCAAGGUGAAAAAAGACAAUAAUGUAUUACAUUUUUUGUUGUUUAUGGAGUUUGACAGACAUUCCAUUUAAGACACAAGUUGGUGGAAAUAAUGUUUAGUCCAGUUAACAUUAUAAUUUGUUAUGUUUUUAGCAUGAAGAAGUUAAUCAGUUGAGGGAUGAACUUGUCCAGAAAGCAGAAAUGAUCAAUUCAUUAACAAGAAGUCUGGAUUCCAGUCAAAAGCAGUGUCAAGAAAUCCUUAAGUCAGGUAAAAAGAUUGAAAUGAUUGCCAAUGAACCAUUUGUGUGAAGACGUGAGGAUAGCCUCUAGCACUAACAAUGCUGAUGCUUGAAUGUUGGAAACACUAGAAAUCUCAGAGUAAAGGAUAUUUAUCACUGACACCUUCUCAUUAUAUAUAAGUAAACCCUUUGCCUAUCCUGCACCACUGAUUUUUCUGUCUGGUUGCGCUUGAUGAUAUCAUAGGGACAAUGUCAGAAAUCAACCAAUUGCGCCUGGCUCUUCAAGAGACCUCAACUGCCAGGAAUGUUGCUGAAGGCCAGUGCAUUUCUCUCAAGGUUUGUUUUGUUACGAUUGAUUUUAUUUUUAAUUUUAUUUUAUUUUAUUUGUACGAUGUUUAAAACUUUGGUAUAUAGUUAUUGUAUCAAACUGUGUACUGUUUUUUUUAUGUAUUAGCAUGAGCUGUCAGAACUUCAAGAACAGAUCAAGAUGUAUGAAAGUGCAAGCAGGCUUGGUAUAGGAUCAGGGUCUGGAGGCCAUAAUGAAUCUUUGCCACAUCUGACCACAAGAAACUUGAACAAAGAAAAUUGGAGCACUCCCAAGUCUCAGUAAGGAGAGAUUAUCUGUAAUUAACUGAUAAAUACUUGUCACUUACAAUAUUAACCCUGAACUGAACAUUAAGGUCAGGAGAAUAAAGAAUAGGUUCACCAACAAAAGAAGCUCUUGAUUGUUAAAUAAAUUCUCCUUGUCAGCAGCUUUGGAAAUGUAUAGAGAGGAGUCGGGAGAAUAUGCAUACUGAUGUUUGAGUGUAAGGGGUUAUUGUGCUUUGCUGUGUUUGAGCUCCAGCUGUUAUCUUAGAUGCUAGUAUUUUGAAGUCAGGUUUUGAUUUUACUCUUCUAGAGCUUUUUUUUUUCUUUAUUUUCUGUCAGUAAAAUUCCAUUGGAAGAAACAGUGAGCGAGCUAAGGAAAGAACUUGAGCACUGCUUGAUCAGUUACAAGGCUAAACAAGAACAGGUGCGUGAACAAGAGACAAACCUUGGUGCCCUUAAAGUUCAGCUGAGAGAUCAGGAAAUGAAAGCUCAACGGAUGGAACAGAUUGCACAGGAACUUGAGGUGGAGUUCUAUUUAUUGGUUUAAUCAGCAGUUUUUAAUACAUUACUUCAAAUUUCAAGUGCUGCAUCAUAUUUCACCCAUAGCACCUGCUUUUUGCUUUAGUUUAGAUCAAAGGCUAAUAGAAAUUGAUUUAUUUACAAGUGUUUCCCCUUUCAUGACAUCCACCAGAAUAAAUCGUUACAACUGGAGAAGAAAAUUAGAGAAAUGGAGGAUGACAAGAAAGAUCCUGGUAAAAUGUUCUUUUUUUAAUUUUUUCAAAAUUAUUCCCAGCUAGUGCCUGUUAAGUUAUACAGUCAAACCUAUUUUUGCUAGGACACAACCUUCUUUUGGUUGGACAAGUAUCCAUUACAUCAUAUCUAAAUAAACCCCACCCCCUUCCCCCCCCUUUCAUUAAACAAGUACUUUUACCAUGCUUCUUUUGUACGUACAGCCUUGAACUCAAUACAGAAAAAGUGAUACAGCCAUAUUUAAAACCUGAACUUAGCUCAAAGUUAAAUUCUUCCUCACUCGAAUUCCUUCAAUCAUUGAUGCAUCUUUGUAUGUGCUGAUCAUUUCAGAUGAGGAACAACAAAAAGUGCUCAUGGAUUUGGAAAUAACAAGGAAAAAUCUUCAGGUGUGUUACAGAUUGUUGUGAACUUGUGAACUAGGAAAAAAAUCCUCAUCAGAGAUAUUGUUCAUGUAUAAAUUUCCAAUUUUCUUUGAAUGAAGGAGUCUACUACAAACCUCAAAGAAGCUCUUCAGGAAAGAGAUGAUUUGACAGAUGCAUGCGCUGACCUUAAGCAGCAAAUGGCUGAGGUACACUAGUCAUGAUCACAAACCUUUGCAUCUAGGUUGUACAUAACUUAAACUUUAAGUUUUUCCCAACUGUAGCAUCAGUUCUCUAAUUCGAUCAUUUUUCCUUUCUUUUUCAGAUGGUCGCAGAAUUUGAUGAAGACAAAAGGAACAGUUUAGAAAAGUACUUUUGCACUUUGAUUUUGAACUACGAUUUGUUAGGGAACAAGUUAUGUACAGAAUCUGCACCAGAAGAGUGGGAUUUGUUCUAGUGAUGUUCCAUUUUUGUAAUUUCCCCUUUGAUUUCUUAUUGGACAGCCAGGACCAGGCUGUCGAAAGCUGGGCCAAGACAACUCAACUUAGUGUUAAAUCUGAUUUCAGAUUUGAAAGCUGUAAAAGAAAAUUUAGUAGCAUUCGUUUUGAUCGCAAUUUGAUGAUUGGAUGCCCUACUAAGAAUAAAGGAAAUUAUUCGAAAAAGGCUAUUGAACAAAUGUUUAGAAACCCGGAUUAAAAUUCAACCUUAGGUUAGUGCCAAUUGGACCUCGAACAACCAGGCCCAGGACCUCUAAUUUGCAUAAUUCUGAUUGAUUUAUUAUUUUAAAGGAAGGCCUAAAACACAAAUGUAUGAAUCUUAAACAGUUCACUUAUAAUAGAGUAGGUAUUCACCGACCAUCACACUGAUUGACUCAAUGACAGAUGACUCACUGACAUUGACGGAUUGAUUGACUGUCUCACUGACUGGUUUGCUGGUUGGCUGGCUGAGAGACAGACAACCGGAUACAGUAUGCUCAGACAUAUGUUAACUGCUCAGACGCAUUUUAUAUGCUCAGACGCAAGGUAGUCAGACGCGCUUAUACGAUUUUCUGCGCGAACGGACCCAAAAAAUGCGCGAAUCAUGUGCCUUUGUUAUUCAGAGCUGUAAGGUUUCCCUUCUGUAGGCAGACUGACUGAAUGAGUUACUGAUUUAUAAGUGAGUGAUUGAUAAGCUUCUCAACUUAAUUUUAGAUGCAGAGAAGCUUGCUUACAGCUUCAUGAGGAUGCUAAAAACUUGCUGAGAGAUCAGUUGAGCCAAGAAUAUGAACAAAAAAUCCACGAGUUGAAGUAUGUUUAUUUGGUUGCUUUCUAUUGUAUCUCUUUCACUUUAAUUUACUAAAUGUGCACGUGUUGCUGUCCCCUAUGAGAAUGUUUCUGCAUUAUUUAUAACUGCACACUCUCCUAAACGUUGUUUAAAAGGUCAAUUUUACAUUUGAGGUAUAUAAAUCAUCGCUCAAAAGUAAGUUGAUAGUCCCUCAAUCCUUCAUCCUCAAUCCUCGAAAACUUCGAGGAUCGAGGCUCUAGUCGAGUCUCGUUUUGAGACUUUCGAGACGGGAAAACUAAGGAAUUUUCGCGCUAUUAAUUUUUCACAGGACUAGGUUCUUACAUGUAUCUUUGGUACCAAAAUCAAAACCUUACUACAUGCACAAAAUUCCUCUCCGUUCUUAGCAGUCAAAGGCAUUUUAAUAAUCUGGUGCUAAAAGCUAUUAAAUAAACAAUCAAAGGAAUCUUUUUUUUAGGAAAGAGUUGGAAGAAAACAGUGAGGAGUUAAUCAGGAUUAAGGAAUGCUAUGUGCAGCUGGGCGAGGAAAGCCGCGAAUUGGAACGGAAAAUGAAGGAUGAAUUUGAGAAGGAGAAACAGUUGUUAUUUUCCGAGGUGAGAGGGAAGUCACGUGUUGGGUUUUAAUGCAAUUCAAGAUGAAAUAUCUUAGAGUUUUACAGGUAAUAGGACUCAGUGGAGUCCAAUUUGGUCUGAAAUGAAGUGAUUGACUGACAAUGGAAAUUCGGAGGUCUGCGUAGUGGGAGUCUGAUUUGCUUAACCCGAGUAUUAUUGGAGAUAGAAUUGGACGAAACGAAACACUUUUACCAAUUUAUCAAAACUAUGACAGAAUUUGAGAGAAAGAACAUAGUUAACCCUUUAAUCCGUGCGAGUGACCAGCAUCUAAUUUCCUUUUUUCAAUAUUAAGGUCAUGAGAAUAAAGGAAAUGAUCAUCAACUGAAGAGCCUCUUGAUUGUUAAACAAAUUCUCCUUGCCAGGACAUUAGGAAAUGUUUAGAUAACAGUAUGGAGAAUUUGCAUACUAAUGUUAGGGUGUAAAGGGUUAAGGGACAUAAAAGUGAAGGUUUUCGGAACGAGAAAUCGAACCCAAUAGUGUAUGUUACAGCGCGUGUACGUAACGCCUUAUGUAAUCUUCAAAUUACUUAACUUGGAGGAACAACAUAGCAACAAAAUGCAGGAAAAGCAACUGCAGGAGUCUAGAAUUCAAAAUUUUAUGGGAAGCCCGGAAAUUCUCCGGGACAAAAGGCUUCCCCGGGCCUUUAGAACUACUUGCCUGCUAUUCGUAAUUGACUACCAAUUUAUGCUAUAUUUUAAUUGAAAGCCCUGUCUUGUGACUCUUGCUUCAGAAUGAAGCCAAGCUAGAGAAUGAAUUGCGAGCCUCUCUUGAAAAGCAGCACGUGGAGCAUCUGGAAAAGGCCAAAGAUCAGUGGAAGAGAGAAGAGAUGAAGCGAAUCAAUGAUGAAGUUAUGAAACAGAAGGGACUGCUUCUAAAGGUUACCAUUACUCUUCAGCUGUGUAAAUAACACGUCCGAAAAAUUGCAUUACAAACAGAAAUCGAACUCCUGUCAUUCCUGAUCUUGCGGUCGAAUACUUCUUUAACUUAGUAGCUGAGAACUCUUCGGCGAGCUGCCGUAGGCUAUUCUCAUUGUGGUACAACUUGGGUUCAUUUGUGAUAAAUGUGGUGAGGUUGAGUGUUGUUAAAAGCAGUUUCUCCGAAUUUAAAGUAAUAAUAAUUUUGUUAGUUUGGACGCUUGGCGGUUCUAGUCGUGUAUGAGCUCGAACUACCCGAGUAGAUUUUUUUCAUGUGCUCGUUAUUGUGAAGACGUUAGGACUUUAAAUGAAAGGUUGAGUCGUGUUUCGAUGUGUUUAUUAGAAUAAAUACAGAUCGUUUUAACAUCUACGUGCCAAGAAAGCGUAUCUUGUUUUGCUGAUUUUAAUUUACUACUUGCAACUAUAACAGUUGAGAGCUAUGCGUAGUUUUGGUCAUUUUCUUGGAAUUUUUUCUGAGAUGUUCAGUGUUUUUCUCUCAAUGUGCAGAACAUGACGGAAGCACAGUCCAAAGCAGUUGAGGAAGCUCUGUCAAAAGCUCGUAUGGAAUGGAACAGUGAGCAAUCUUCUAUCAUUGCUGAUGAAAUAGCUACGGCCAAGAGAGAAUGGAUGAAGGAUCAGAACGAUGAGUUAGAGAAACGUUUAGCUAAUGCCAUCGAAGAAGUGAGACGAAUCUGGGACGAAGAACAAAAGCUGAAAACAAAGGAGGUAUCAGUAUCAAUGGUGAAUUCUGUUACGAUACAGAAACACCUCGGUAAACUCCUGGUCGCAUUUGUAUUUUCAUGUUAGUAAAGUUCAAUUUCGUACACCAGCCCAGUGGCCCACACAGCCGGAACUUAUUUCAGUCUUCAUGGCGAGGGGAUUUUGCUCCCCUUGAAAUGGAUGCUAGUCGAGCGAAGGCAACCAAUCCCCCCUUUCGUUUCCGUGCUACGUCGGUUUCGCAUAUCAGUUUCGUGGGUGCUGGAAACCCUUGAGCGCUUUAAGAUUUAAUGCCUUACUCAACCUAACUAAAGGCCAGGCUGCUUAAACGAAGAUUAGUGUAGGCCAGGUUUGAAAUGAAUUUUUGAUGUGGUUUUGUAGCAUUGCAGAGAGUGUUAUUUCUUAUGUUGUGUAGUUCGUUGGAAAAGAAACUUCACUCAACGUUUGCCUCAAUAUGCGAUUUUAUGCAUGAAAUUUAAACCUAGUUACAACUUUUGUACUGGAUUAACGAUAUACUUCCAUCGGAAAUUGCUGUCAAUUACUAACAACGUUAAGUGAGAAGUUUACGUUUCCCGUAGAUAUCAGAAACUGUCAUGAUUAUUUCCUUCCUGCUGAUCCAGUUUAGUUUUUUUCAGGAGAUGGUCAAAGUACGUGCAGAAUUGGAGAAAGCACACGGAGCAUCAUGUGACCAGCAACUUAACCAGGCAGUUGAACUAGCUCUGUCCCAAGCCCACGCGGACUGGCUGAAGAACGAGGAAGAAAUGAGGCAGCGAGAGAUUGAUCAAGCUGUUGAGGUGGCCAUAACUAACGCAGUCGCCGAAGCUAAGAAGGAAUGGCAGAAGGAGUUUGUAGCUCAAGUGAGUACUUUCAGAGUAACUGUCAACUGAAUGUCGCUUUCUGUAGACUGAAAAAGGCAUUAAUGGUACGAUUUCUCUCGAGCGCCUUCAAUUGACCCCACAACUUUUCUCGAAUAUGCGUUUGCCGGCGAGCUUUCACAAAUGUACACGAUCGUUUUGCAGGACAGCCUAUUACAAACCUCUCUCGCUCAAGAAAGGCACCGGUGGAAGAAGGAAGAGGAAUCGGUGAGAGCUAAAGCGGUAGAAGCUGCUGUGGCUAUUGCUGAAGUGAAGUGGUUAGAGGAUGAACAGAAGAAAAUCUCUGAAGCAGUGGAACAAGCCGUGAAGAUGGCGAGGGAAACGUGGCAAGAGGAGAAGAAACGGGAUAUAGGUAUAACAAUGUGUUGAAAAGUGAUAGUACAUACACAAGGGGAAAAAAUUGACCGACGCCUUUGUGUCUUUAUGACGCCGCUUUCGUGGUAAUCGAAAGAAGGAAACUGCAGUCAGAGUCCCCAUGAUAAGAGCGCCGGGAUGACAACGAUACGUCGAUUAUAUUUGCUACUACGCGUGUCACACACGACAUAGUCAUGGCCCACUCACCAUAGAGUUCUCCGUAGCUCAGGGGUGGUGCAUUAGAGCGCAGAGUCCGAAAGUUAUUUCCAGAUCAAAAUAUUUUGCGCAGCAAUCAUAAAUUCCCUUAGAUUUGCCUCAUUUUGCAAACAGAACGUCGCAGGUAUAUCUAAGUGCUUGACUCAUCUUUACUGUGUUCAUCAAGUUUGUUGAUCGUAGUACUGUUCACUGUAUCUACAGCCAUGGCAGUAGAUUUGGCUAAACAAGGGUGGAUGUCCAGGAAAGAAGAUGAAGUGAACCAGGUCUUGGAGUCCGCCAGCUCCCAACUUGUCGAACAGUUUGAGCAGCAGAAGAAAGAGGCCGUGGAAAAAGCUGUUGGCGAGGCACGGGUAAAGAGCUUCUAAAAUCAUUCCACUACUCACGUUAUCCCACCUGUUGUCGUAAAGCUUUACACAGUUUUUUCACAGUAUUAUUCAAUGGUUGUUUCCUGCCAAGUUAUAUCGAAUUCCUCAGGAAGUGUUCCCGCUGAACUUUUGGUUGUUUCCCGUGUAAUUUCGCCGCGUGUGUUUGUUUGUUUUCAGUCGAGAAAGCUGCUUUGAAAUUGAAAAAAAAAAGAAAGAAAAAACCAUCAUCAUUUUUAUUUUGCUUUCCUUGCUUUUGCUUGCCCUCAUAUACAGUUUUCACACACGGUUGCUUGAUCCAGUCUCUUCGCACUCGGUUUGUCAAAAGCUUUUUUACUACAUUAUGGUAAUGUUUCGUUUUUAUUUCUAUAUUUACAGUUGUUAUGGGAAAGGCGAUUGUCCGAGGAGAGAGCCUCAGAAAUUGCUUCCAUAAGGGAAGAAAUCUUCAGAGAAUUUGAAGAACAAAAGAAAGCGGAAAUUAUGGAAACCUUGGAAGAAGCAAAGGAAGCAUGGAUGGAGGAAUCUGAGGAACAGAAGCGUGAGGAAGUAAACGAAGCUAUGGCUUACCUAGAGUCCGAAUAUAAUAAGAAUUUAGAAGAGUUCAAACAUAAGACAUUGAGAGAUGCUCUCGAGCAAGCCAGGAAGCAGUGGACUACUGAAGAACUUUCACAUCGAGAGGAGAUUCUCAAGGUGAAUAUCGUAAGUUGUGUAAACCACAUCAAGGGGGAAAAAUUACGAGCUCGUGCUCUGAGGUUUUUAGAUUAUGGAGAAAACAAGAUUUUUUCGAUGAAGAGGGAGGUCCUUUUCUUGUCGAAGUAUUUAUUUUCCUCUCCGAACUGCUCCAAGCUCUCUGAGCAUGCCCUUUAGCAUGAGCCUUGUGGAACGCGAGCCGGAGAGAGGCCUGCUAGGGGUCUGGCACGGAAAUUUACGCUUCGUUUUUAGUGCCAGACCCCGGCUAAACUGCCCCGCUCUUAUCUCAAAUCUUCUCGCGGGUGGAGAAACGCGCGACCUGCAGCACCUACUUGCCUGUGGGCUAUCUCCGAAAAUGAAUAGUUCAUGCACGUAACAAAUUUAGCCUAAAUUCUUCAUUUACAAUUUAUUUUAACUCUUUUCUAUCCUCAGCCAUUUAUGUUCCUUCUUGUACUUUUAUUCUUUUUUUUUUUGAUAUUUCUUUCAUUUUUUUGUUCUCUUCUAAGUUUAAAGUAGAUCUUAUUUUCUCACAACGUAAAAAAAUACUUAGAAAAGAACUAAUUGGUGAAGCUAAGAGGACGACAUAAAAUUUAGAGCGCUUUGAAUCGGUUUAGAAGAGAGGAGUCUCGUUCAUCUAUGAAAAAGUCUAAGAGUUUGACUGGAAACUUUCCUUAGGCUCGUAUAUUAGCAGCUCAAGAAGACUGGCGCAAAGAAAUUGCCAAGUCUACCCAGGAAGAGAUUGACCGAGCCUUGUCCACUGCCAGGGAGGCCUGGGCCGUUAAAGCUGAUGAAAAAUUUGAGAAUCGUGUCAGGGAAAUAGAGGCAAAUGUGCGACAACAACUGGAGGCUAAAUUCCAAGAAGAAAACAAAAAAAAUAUAAAUGAAGCACUUCGGGAAGCAGAGGAAAGGUUUAGCUGCGAAAAAAGGAAAUUAGAAGAAAACUUUAAGCAAAAGGUGAGCUUACUGUUGUGCGCAGACGCGCCGGUGUUAGUUUGCUUCUACUUUUGUCAAAAUUAAUAUUUUUAUUUUGUGGUUAGACCUUUAUCUUUCACGAUUUUCCCCUGUCUAGAAAUAUUAUUAGAGGCUCUCAAAAAGUCGUCAAAUCCCUUGAAUACAAUUAGACGAACAUAGCAGAGAAGACAACCUGCUCUUGUCCACAAUUCACGCUGCUGCGCUAACUACUCUUGUUGCUUUUUAACUUUCCUUAGAUCGAAGACUCUUCACGCGGUCAGUGGGAAGAUGAGAAGGCUCGUUUGUUGAAAGAACAACAAAACCAUCUUGAACGCAUGCGCAGUGGGUACGAAUCCAAGCUGGCUGAUCAGCGUGCUAAGAUUGAGAGGGAUCUGGGCGUGAGAAUGAGAGGCGAAGUAGAGAAGGCAAGAAGGGAUUUGAAUAAAGAACAGCAUGAUUUAAGGUUAGUUAAUUUAACAAUGGACCAGUGUUGUUUAUUAUUAAUUCAUUAUAAUUUGACAACGGAGCGGGUUGUUUAAUAUUAAGUCAUUGUAAUUUAACAAUGGACCAGUCUUGUUUAAUAUUAAAUCAUUGUAAUGUAACAAUGGCCCAGUGUUGUUUAUUAUUAGUUUAUUUAGCUCUAGGCUGCCUGUAAGUUGUGGGAGAUGUGAUGGCCUUGUGCUCAGCUCUCCGUACUCUUAAUUGAAAAGUUCGAGUUUGAAAGCUGACCAUGUCAUUGUGUUGAGUUCUCACGAUGUCUUUCUCUACCCAUGAGUACAAAUGGUUACCAGAAAACUGUCAGGCUAUCUGCCAUUGUCCAGCUUCGUGUUUAGUUACUCUGUGUUUUUGAAACCGAAGAAGCUUUGGGAGAAAUGGGCCACUUUUCAUUUGUUACACCAAUGCUUUCAAAAUUCUUACCAUAAAUCCUUUUUAGGGCCCAACUGGAUAAACAGUAUGAACAGAAAGCGAGAAAAGCGUUAGAAAACGCAAGAAUUCAGUGGGAAAAACAACAGCAACAAGAGAUCACCAAAAGUAACGAGGACGCUGUGAAGCGACAGCAGGAGUUGUGGGCGAACGAGAGACGGGAAAACCUGUCUACCAUGGAGAACAUGAAACACGAGCUAGCCGCAGUCAAGAAGGAAUACGCCAUGGCAAUAGAGAAACUAAAGAAGGAGAUAGCAGAGGAGAAAAAGAAAACGCAGUACAGCAUGAAACGGCGAGACUCAAGGGAUAUUGCUGCUCAGGUAAGCUGAAUUAUGUGUUGUGAAAAAAAAAAGUGAACAGAUGAGUUUAAAGACAUUUUUUAUACGACUCUCUUGAGCUUUUACACCCUAACAUCAGUGUCCAUUUUCUUUAUACUGUUCUCCUUACAUUUCUUAAGGUGCUGGUAAGGAGAAUUUGUUCAACAAUCAAAGUCUUCUAGAAUUGAUUAUCAUUUCCUUUAUUAUCGCAACCUUAAUGUCUGAGUUUGGGAGUUAUUGUUAGGAGAAAUGAGGUGCCAGUCAUUCUUAGGGGUUAAGGGCUAAACAAAAGUAGGAGUGUUUCUUAAUAAUUAUUUGACAUCUCAGGCUUAAAAUAUUUUUAUAAAAUUUAUAUGUGUUUAUCUUGUUGUUGUUCUUUUGAGGUCUUUUCCUUUCUUAACUUUUCGUGCCUUAAUGAAGUGCAAUUAGUUUUGAUAUGAUAAACUUUCUUUGCUCUUUGUAACUGACUUCCUGGUAGACUAUCCAGCUGACUAAUUGACUGAAUGAUUGACUGACUGAUUGACUGACUGACUAAAGGACAGACAGACAAAGACAGAAAGAGUGAUUGCUUGAUCAAUUGAUUGAUCCUCUCAGACCUUGCCACAAGCAGAAAGCGGUAGUGACACAAGUUUCAGCAGCGUGGAUCAUGAGUCAGCCACGCGUGGACUCCACGAACUACGUCAACACUACUUGGAUACCAUCGCUAAGAUACGUGAUGACGUGUUGGAUCACGUGCACCAGACCAAGGCUAGCGCAGCCAAGAAGAUCAGGUUAGCAAAAAGUAAUUUUGCAAGUCGAAUUCAAAAGCAUGUAAUGCAAAUAAGCCUCCGCUCACACUCCUCCCAGGGGGAGGGGAGGAAGGGCGGUCUGCUUUCAGAUACAGACACGGGCUUGAAUCCUGUCGAGGGCAGAACUUUUUCAAAGCUUGUUUUCUCUAAUUGCUAAAUUUCAGCUCAACUGUUAGGAUCAUAACUUUACUUGACAUUAUUAUUCCAACUACUACAAUAACUUAAAGUUCCUGAGAAUCAACCACCCAUCAAACGAUUACACUAGAGGUAACAGCGCUGCUGCUUUAAAGUCGCAAUUUUUCGCUUUUCAAAUAGGGGCGAAGUUUUAAAAGAACGUCACUCCACGGCCAAAAAGCUUCGUAAGUACUACCUUCAAUGUCUUAAGCAACUUCUUGAGGAAGAUCGUGUGGCUCUGGAGGGUAACAGGUCACCUAUCAGUGCUGAGGAUAAGUUGAACAGAAUGGCUGAGGCUUUAAAAACGCUGAGUCCUGACAAGGAAUCUACCGGUAAGCUUCCUUAUUUAAAACGACGAUCUUUGCAGGUUAAAUUUGAACUCUUGACUGAUCAGGAUUAAGGAGGCCUGUUUCUCCCGCAAAAACUUGGUGUCGCUCUGCCAGCUUUAGUCACAACUUUUUUGGGAGACCUCUAUUCAGCUGACAUCUUUAUCCACAGAUCACAAACGUUUGUCCCGCCUGACAAAAAAUUAUGUUCUCAUAACCUUUGUACCUGUUAGCUUUAUUGAAGGGAAGCCGUAUUUUCUUCAUAUUCUUGACAAAUUCAAUGACAAAUUGCUAAAAGAGUUCAUGUCUACUUUAGGACAGCAUUUCCAACAACCUGAAGUGAAUGAAAGCGCUCAAACGCCUCGUUCGGCAUUAUUCACUGUGUUACGAACUUCAAGUGAGCCUGACGUCCGGGACAUGAAGCCACCACAUACGCCGACUCCCGUUAGACCACGUGACGGCCUCCCUGAUGGAGCAAGCGACACAGCUCAGCCAAUCACAACAAAAGACAGAGCAUUUACUCCCAUAUUAGGAAGGUUACCACCAAUAGACGACUUGCUGGGAAAGAAACACUUGGCUCCGGAGAGGGAAUAUGAAAAUUUUUCCUCUAACAAGACAGAUAUUCGAGCCAUGAAGGCCGAUAAUGUGGCUAUUCCAGCUCUUAAACGUGCUGCAGACAUUAAUUCAGAGGACGAUGUUUCAGUACCUUCAGAUGAGAAAGAAAGACAGAUGGCAAAUGCACUUCACGAGCGUGUACUCAAGCAUAAACCCUCUCCAACGUACAGGAGGACUGCAGCUUCACCUGCGUUCUCUACGAAGUCUUACGAGUCAGAUCAGUACAGUGAACUUCCUACAGUAAUUCACAUUUCAAGACGAGAAUCCAGUGGCUCAAAAGACAGCAAAAGCAAUCCAAGUCGUACCUCAGAGGCCAAGGAUGACACAAUCUCACCCAUCAGGCCACCAUCUGCGAAAAGUAGAAUAACUCAUGUUUUGCCUCGUGAAAAAAGGUUACAGGCCUCAACAGGUUUACCUUCUAAGCCACGGAUUGAUGUUCGAGCGAAACGUAUGCAAAAAUCUUAACAAUAGAGUCUUUACUCAGGCGUGAUCCACUUAUGGAAUGGAGCGUAGUCAUUUCCGGAUACAAAUGUUGACAGAACCGGGCGUUUGCACUCAGCUCGUUAGUAGUGUUUCUCUUAGUCGAGUUAUAGAUUCGUAAAUGUCACCAAAUGGAUGAGACUAAUUAAUCAAAUACCUGUUAGUUGGCUAACAGCUUAAGUGACAUUUCCUUCCUUCUUUGUACAAAGAAGUUUGCACUUCCACCCCGUGAGUGGAAAUUAGGUGCCCACGCACGAGCGUGUACAUGCACAAAAAUUGUGUGAUUCGCUUUGAUACAGACGGUGGGUUAGCUUUUGCAAAAAAAUGGCGAUGUACACUCAAAGAGAAGAGAAAAAAGUAGAAAAGAUCAAUAGUUACAUGUAGUCAAACAUGUAAUUGCUUAUUUUUGUAAAACUAGUCAAAAGGUAUCUUAUUGUACAUAGGAAUGUUUCUAUUCCGGUUGUAUAUUAGUAUUCUUUUCUCUAGGAAUCUCUAAUUUAUUGAUCAAAUGAUUCCAACAAAAUUGGAAUUUUCAAUAAACGUAAAUUUCAAUCUCUUCCGGAUGUUCUUGAAGCAACACCGUUUUAUAGUUCUAACGGCCCCAACCAAAGUUUUAAGACUUUGAAAAGGUUUAAACAAUGGACGCUGCCUUUGCAUGUUUAGCUAUGUAUUAAACGUUCUGUGUUUAUCAGGCAGAGAAUACAUCUGGC